UUUUUGAUAAGAGAUGCCUUUCGUGCACGAUUGCACAAGGAAAAUCUUCCGUAAGAGAAAGCAAUGGACGGCGGUGUCGCCGGUGACGGAGAAUCGUCGGCGGCGGAUAGGGUUGUUGUUAUCGCAAUAAAAUACGACAGCGGAGCGGAAGAUGCGAAGGCUUUCACUCCUGACGAGCUGCCGAAAGCUAGUGAUGCGGUCUCUGUUGAAGGAGGAGCGGAGAGAAAAGCCUGCGUAUCGAUUUCCGUGGAAUGUAAUAGGGAGGAUUUGGAAUCGGAGGGGUCUAAGAUUUGCCGGAUUUGUCAUUUGAGCCCGGAGUUGGCUGGAUCACCGGCGGGAGGGUGGGAGCAGAUUCAGAUCGGAUGCGGGUGCAAAGGCGAGCUGGGAUUUGCGCACCGCCGCUGCGCCGAGGCCUGGUUUAGGGUUAAGGGAAAUAGGAUCUGUGAAAUCUGUGGUGUGACAGCAAAAAAUAUUGUUGGUGAGGAAGACAGUAACUUCAUGAAGCUGUGGAAUGAGGGCACAAGCCUGGAUGUUAACAAUAACCAGAACUUGCAAGUGAGGGCCAACUGUUUGAUUAGCAAGUCUUUCUGUAAUUUCUUCUUGUCUUUUCUUGUUUUAAUUUUAGUACUUCCAUGGUUUUUCAGAGCCAGAUUCUUCUGAGCUUUCUUCUGGAAGGAUGUGAAAAACAUUCCUUUCAAACGCUUGUUUGUUUUUUACUGGAAUGAGCUAGGAAUUGUACAGUCCUACACAUUUCAUUCAUAUAUAUAUAUAUAAUGCAACUUUGGGCUUGUAAGUACAUUAUUUUGUGUUAUGGAAUUGGUGAAUUUUGAGGGGAA